AUGGAUGAUUCCUGCGAUAACACCCAAGCAGGUACUGCAUCGACAACAUCCUGUUGUGCCGAUGUACGGCUGUUUAAAAUAGUCAAGGUAUCUGUUAUUGCAUCUUCCCCCAGUAUUACAAAAAGAUCGUCAACAUAUUUGGUUACUAGUGUAGGUUUCGUCGUUAGUUGUUCCAUACAGGUAUCAAGAAGUUUCUCCAUCACUAUAUCAGCUACAAUUGGAGAAGCUGGUGAACCCAUUGGCAUUUCUGAGAAGGCAAACAGUUGUUCAGCAAUUCCAACGAAGAUGGCCGCAAAUAAUGAUGAACCAUUUGAGAAUGUUGAUUUCGAUGAAGAAGAAGGCGAGGAACAGUUUGUGCCAACAAAUGCUGGACGCAAACGUCUGUUCAGCAAGGAAUUAAGAUGCAUGAUGUAUGGUUUUGGUGACGAUGAGAAUCCAUACACAGAGAGCGUCGAUUUGUUGGAAGACCUGGUCAUUGAAUUUAUAACAGAAAUGACCCAUCGUGCUAUGGAAAUCGGACGCACCGGAAGAGUACAAGUGGAGGAUAUUAUCUUCUUGGUACGUAAAGAUCCCAGAAAGUAUGCCCGUGUCAAAGACCUGCUAACAAUGAACGAGGAGUUGAAGAAGGCAAGAAAAGCCUUCGAUGAAAUUAAAUAUGUGGGAAGCGAGGCCAAAAUUAAAUGACAAAAGUCUAAAUAGUCACAACCAGAACUUUGGCUCAA